AGAAGGUUUAUUUUUCCUUUCAUGCUUUGUUCCAAAUUUCUUUCUGUGUAGCCCAUUCCAUAAUGAACACGUUAUUAGCAGCAUGAUAGGAGAUGAAACUGUUUAUAUAUAUUGCUUGAUGAUUUUACACUGCAAACAUAUCGUUGUUCAUGAACUGCAGAACAAGUGCUCGUAAAAUAGUAUAAAUGCUGCGUGAUUUGAUGUGCAUAUAUCAUCCAUUAAGUACUGACCAAGUGUUCUCUCAUAUACAAACUCUAUCUGAUAAGAUCAAUAUUCAUAGUAAGCUAGACUUCUAUCAAUACUCAUCAUCUCGUCAUUAGAAUUUAAUUGUAUUAGAGAAUACUUGAACUACACACAAACAAUUUCAGGAUGUCAUCCUGGAAUUUCACCGGUGUUGAUUUCGACAACAUGCUUGAAGAACCAUCUUGGGCCUUUUCUCACUUACCUCUCAACAACAACUCGGAGUUUAUUCCUAAAACUCCAGAAGAGGGAGAAGAGGAAUUCGAAACAAUCCCACUAGACGAUAUGUACGAUGCGGAUGACGAAUAUCCUAGCGAGGAUGAUUUAGAUAAUUUACUUCUUGAACUCGAAAAGCAACAAAGAUUAUCACAAGAACUCUACAGUCGAGCAAAAGAUAGCAAACAACCAAACCCCCCAAGCAAUAGUUCAGACUACUUACAAGAAUCUUCCCUCCAGUAUCCUCCAAGAAUUAAUGUCUCUUCAAACAUUCGCCAAACUACAUUCGUUAUCGCCAACAAUAGAGAAAUCGAACGAAAAGGUCAAGAGAACGCCCCCUGGAUAUCCGAGGUGCCCCUUCGAAAGAUCAGAGUUCAACUCCCCUCACUCACACUCAAUUUACCAUCUCCAAUUAAUUUUGGCAAAGCAUUUUCUCUAGACACUUCUGAAACAAUGGACAAAGACUUUGUUCCCAAUAUGUUAGAAGGGUUUGAGACUAUGAACAUUGGCGAAUUGAUACAAGACUACGAAUCUGGCGACAUCUUGCACCCAACCGAAGCCCAAAAAUUUCGCUGCGACAUCGAAAGACCGGAAGUUUUCAGCAUGGAACCUCAUUGGUUCAAUGACACUAAAGACAAGAAGUGUUGGUGCAUUCAUUGUAUUCAAUAUCGAAAAACACAAUCCACAGGUGAGCAGAUGGAAGCGCAUGAUUACAAUGACCGUUGCCUCUGCUCUUCUUGUUCAGAGCUUUAUCACGAAACCUUGCCUGAAGGUUGCCACUGUAAUUGUCAAAAUUGCGUUGAUGUCAAUGAAGAUCAAGGUCCUACAGAUCAAGAUGAAGCACUUGCUGAACUCCAAAAACAGAUCCAGCUCCAAUCACCCGAACAACGAAUUCAAGAUUCAGAAGAACUUGUUACUGAGACCUCACAGGAGUUACCGUCAGACCCUCUUUGUGAGGAGUUUACAACAGUUGUGAGUGAGCUCAAUGGUGGUCCCUCAGAAUUACUUAGCAUGGUUCGUGAAAACUUAUGGAUGAAUUCUGAUUCUGAUUCUGAUUCUGAUUCUGAUUCUGAUUCUGAUUCUGAUUCUGAUUCUGAUUCUGAUUCUGAUUUCGAUAACGAGUAGACUUUUUCAUUCUAACUUUUCACAUGGUUAAAUAAGGUAAGUCGUAGAUAUAUCCUGGUGAUAAACUCUGCGCGGAGAAAGAUAAACCCAUGGAAAUCUGGCAACAAUAAAACCCCCCAAAACAAGCAAAAAAAUAGUACUGACUUAAAGAAAAAGAUUCCCCCCAGUGACUUAAGAAGAGUGAAAUAGACAGAUAACAUGUGAUUGUAGCAAAAUGACCUACUCGGUAUAAGGAGGGCAUCAGACAAGGAAUAUUUCUUUGUUUCCAAAUGGUAAAAAUAGACCCAGCGAAGAAAAUCUCGAUAAAUUGAUUGAAACAAUUAAAAACCAUACUUAGAUGGGAAAUUAUGAUUAUCUGGUACUCGGAGCAAAAUCCAGACAUGGAGAUUGGAAUUGCAUUUUAUUGGCUUCCACUUGUGAUGAAAAUGAGCUCGCAGAUGCA